AUGGGGGACAUACAGGACCACGAGGAAGUGCUGGAGAUCCCAGACCGUGACAGUGAAGAGGAACUGGAACAUGUAAUAGAACAGAUAGCAUACAGAGACCUAGACAUCCCUGUGACAGAAAUGCAGGAGUCAGAAGCUCUUCCCACAGAGCAAACAGCCACAGACUACAUCCCCACCAGUCCCUCCACAGCGCACCCAAGCUCCAGUCAGGUCUAUGUAGAGCUGCAGGAACUGAUGAUGGACCAGAGGAACCAGGAACUACAGUGGGUGGAGGCAGCGCACUGGAUAGGGCUGGAGGAAAACCUUCGGGAGGACGGUGUGUGGGGUCGUCCACAUCUCUCUUACCUCACCUUCUGGAGCCUUCUAGAACUGCAGAAGGUCUUCUCAAAAGGCACCUUCCUUCUGGAUCUGGCUGAGACAUCCCUGGCUGGGGUGGCCAAUAAACUUCUAGACAGCUUCAUCUAUGAGGAUCAGAUUCGGCCUCAAGACCGAGAUGAGCUGCUCCGGGCUCUGCUACUCAAACGCAGCCAUGCUGAGGACCUAAAGGAUCUGGAGGGAGUGAAGCCUGCCGUCCUGACCCGCUCUGGGGCCCCUUCUGAACCUCUUCUUCCUCACCAGCCAUCACUGGAGACCAAUCUGUACUGUGCACAGGCAGAGGGGGGCUCGGAAGAACCCUCGCCAUCUGGGAUUCUGAAGAUCCCCCCCAAUUCAGAAACCACAUUGGUGCUAGUGGGCCGGGCUAGUUUCCUGGUGAAGCCUGUGCUGGGCUUCGUGAGACUGAAGGAAGCUGUGCCACUGGAGGACCUGGUGUUGCCGGAGCCCGUGAGCUUCCUUCUUGUUCUUCUCGGACCUGAGGCUCCGCACAUCGACUACACCCAGCUGGGCAGGGCUGCAGCAACUCUCAUGACAGAAAGAGUGUUCCGCGUUACCGCCUCCCUGGCGCAGAGCCGAGGGGAGCUGCUGAGCUCCCUGGAUAGCUUUCUGGACUGUAGCCUGGUGCUGCCGCCCACAGAGGCCCCUUCAGAGAAAGCUCUGCUCAGCCUGGUGCCCGUGCAGAAGGAGCUGCUAAGGAAGCGGUACUUGCCCAGACCUGCCAAGCCAGACCCCAACUUGUUCGAGGCAUUAGACGGGGGAAAGGAGGGCCCCGGCGAAGAAGACGACCCUCUACGGCGCACCGGCCGGAUCUUUGGAGGCCUGAUCCGUGAUAUCCGGCGCCGGUAUCCUUACUACUUGAGUGACAUCACCGAUGCGCUCAGUCCCCAGGUGCUGGCUGCUGUCAUCUUCAUCUACUUUGCUGCCUUGUCACCUGCGGUCACCUUCGGCGGCCUCCUGGGAGAAAAGACCCGGAACCUGAUGGGGGUGUCAGAGCUGCUCAUCUCCACAGCAGUGCAAGGAAUUCUCUUUGCUCUCCUGGGGGCACAGCCCCUGCUUGUGCUCGGCUUCUCAGGACCCCUGCUGGUGUUUGAAGAAGCCUUCUUCUCGUUCUGUGAAAGCAAUAACCUGGAGUACAUCGUGGGCCGCGCGUGGAUCGGCUUCUGGCUCAUCCUGCUGGUGGUGUUGGUGGUGGCCUUUGAAGGCAGCUUCCUGGUCCAAUACAUCUCCCGCUACACUCAGGAGAUCUUCUCCUUCCUCAUCUCCCUCAUCUUCAUCUAUGAGACUUUCUCUAAGCUGAUCAAGAUUUUCCAGGACUACCCGCUACAAGAGAGCUAUAUCCCUGUUGUGAUGAAGCCCAAACCUCAGGGCCCUGUGCCCAACACAGCCCUCCUCUCCCUUGUGCUUAUGGUUGGUACCUUCCUACUUGCCAUGAUGCUACGAAAGUUCAAGAACAGCACCUACUUCCCCGGCAAGCUGCGCAGAGUCAUUGGGGACUUUGGGGUCCCCAUCUCCAUCCUGAUAAUGGUCCUAGUGGAUACCUUCAUCAAGAACACCUACACGCAGAAACUCUCGGUGCCUGAUGGCCUCAAAGUGUCCAACUCCUCUGCCCGGGGCUGGGUCAUCCAUCCCCUGGGUCUGUAUACCCAUUUCCCCAAGUGGAUGAUGUUUGCUUCUGUUCUGCCCGCUCUGCUUGUCUUCAUCCUCAUAUUCCUUGAGUCUCAGAUCACCACGCUGAUUGUCAGUAAACCAGAGCGGAAGAUGAUCAAGGGCUCCGGCUUCCACCUGGACCUGCUGCUGGUGGUUGGCAUGGGCGGGGUGGCCGCCCUCUUUGGGAUGCCUUGGCUCAGCGCCACCACUGUGCGUUCUGUUACCCACGCCAACGCCCUCACAGUCAUGGGGAAGGCCAGCGGUCCAGGGGCUGCAGCCCAGAUCCAAGAGGUCAAGGAACAGCGGAUCAGUGGGCUCCUGGUCUCUGUGCUCGUGGGACUGUCCAUUCUCAUGGAACCCAUCCUGUCCCGCAUCCCCCUGGCCGUACUGUUUGGCAUCUUCCUGUACAUGGGGAUCACAUCCCUCAGUGGCAUCCAGCUCUUUGACCGCAUCUUGCUCCUGUUCAAGCCACCCAAGUACCACCCGGAUGUGCCCUUUGUCAAGAGGGUGAAGACGUGGCGUAUGCACCUCUUCACGGGCAUCCAGAUCAUCUGCCUGGCUGUGCUGUGGGUGGUGAAGUCCACUCCAGCCUCGCUGGCCCUGCCCUUUGUCCUUAUCCUCACCGUGCCCCUGCGUCGUCUCCUCCUGCCGCUCAUCUUCAGAGAGCUGGAACUCCAGUGUCUGGACGGUGAUGAUGCCAAAGUGACCUUUGACGAGGCGGAAGGGCUGGAUGAGUAUGACGAAGUGCCCAUGCCUGUGUGAGGGGCAGGCCCAGGCCCCCAACCACUCCACUUUCCCACCCUCCUGGGAAGACCAUUCAUGGGCAUGUCAUGGCUGUGGGUGGGGAAGGAGGGGUUGUCUAGGAAACUCUCUACAUAAGGUAUACGGGAUUUUCUGGCUGGAGACGACCAGAAGUUAUAUAAGGGAAUUGGGGUCACAGUCUCUUGCGACUAUACGGGUCCUAUGUGGCAUAGUUAUAAAUAGCAAAGGGGAGACACUUUUCAAGUUCCUGCUGGCUGUGUGGCCUUAGGUAAGUCCCUUGACCUCUCUGGCCUCUGCCCCCUACUCUAUAGAAUGUAUGCAUUGGUAAUAAUACCCGUGUUACCGGCUGCUGAGGACCAAGAGCAAAUGUCUAAGAACUAUUACAGCCUUCAUUGUUCUCAGAGCCUGCCCAGAUCACACAGCCCCCUCCCCUCCACCCGGGGCCACACAGCAGGGACCUGAGCCUCCUGACCUGGAGACUACAGCUCUGUCCUCCGUCUUCCCAGUCAUGCCCAGAAAUAUCCCUAAUGUCUUCCAUUUUCUGUCCCACCCCCACCCCAAGUCUCCCUUCUCUGCAUCUAGAGAGACAUCCUGAUGAGAGUAAGAUACAGGUGAGGGACUGAGGCUCGUACUCCUAAGUACUUGCUCUCUCUCACCAGGUGUUCAUUCAUUCAUUCAUACAUUCAUUCAUUCAUUCAUUCAUUCAUUCAUACAUUCCAUAGCCAUCUACUAAAGGCCCUAGACCUAGUGGACACAGAGGGGCUGGUUCAAGCUUCUUUUGUGGGGUGAGGCCAAUACAUAAGUCUGCUCUGGACUUGGAUGGGGAUAGCGGGAGGAUGGGAGGGUUGUAAUUUAUUAACUGUGUAUUUUCUGAGUGCUUUUUCUGUGCCUUGGUUUUGCCCACACACUCAACCCUCAUGAGAGACUUGCUGCGUCCAACCCCAGCUAAACUGAGUCUUGGGGGAGCGAAACCCAAGUUUUGACCCAUUGGAAUAGGAGACAGUAGCUUGCUGAAAAUAUGGAUAAACAACUAUUUUUAUUUUUGACAAAGCAAUAUAUUUUUUAAAAAAAAAAAAAGUUGAAAGAACCAGAACUUGAGAGAAGAAACAGAAGAUCUGAGUGAUCAGGCAGCAGGGGGCUUCCGGUGGAAGAUGCUCAGGGGGGGAUUUGAGAGCCCAUGUUUGCCUCCCAGGACAUCACCACAGACUCUUGUUCCCUCAUCAUAGAAAUAGGGACAAGGAUGCACCUACCUUGUAGGGAGUUGGAAGGAUUGACCGACACCGUAUAAGAAAAGCAUUUGCAGAGCACACAGCCUUCCUUGUGGGGAGCUGCUGAUGUGACCACGCCGCUGGGCACACCCCUAUCCUCUCCUGCCUUUCCUGCUCCUUGAACAUUACCAAAGAGAGUGGGGAUCCUGCUGCCCACUCUCCAGCGCCCUUCCCCACCGCCGUGCUUGGGAAUAGGUUUUGCCAAUAAAUGUGUCUGUGUUAAAGGGG